AUGCCGCACUCAGAGCACACAUCUUCUCCUAUCGCCGAUGCUUUCGUUGAUCUCCCAAGCUUCCCAGACAACGUGCCUACCGCUCCACUUCUACGCAUCUCCCUUGCGAAACUCUUACAGAACGAUGUGGACGAGCAAGAACGUUGUUGGCGUGCGUGCUGCGAGCUAGGCUUCUUCUACCUCGAUCUGAAUACAGACGAUGGUAGUGGGGAGGCAUUGCUGCAAAAUGUUGAGCAAUUAUUCGAGAUCAUGAAAGGUUUCUUCGAGCUUCCGGUUGAGGAGAAGACAAAAUAUGACUUUGCGGACCAGGGUAGUUACUUUGGGUAUAAAGGAUACGGGAAGGGUAUUGUGGAUGGGAAGGGUACGAGGGACAAGAACGAGUUCUACAACAUCUCCAAAGACGACAUCCUCAACCUAAGCGAACAACUCCCCUGCCCAGACACCCUCAACCAGCACCGCCCGCUCUUCGAAUCCUACAUCCGCUCCUCCCACUCCCUCUGCAUGCUCAUAACUUCCCUUCUUUCUUCUCACCUCCCGCUCAAACCCGAAACCCGCAACUCGGGCGGCCUGGAAUCUCUACACUCCCUUUCCACCACCUCAGGCGACCAAAUCCGCUUCGUAAAAGCCCCACCACAACCGCACUCCUCCGCAUCCGUUGCUCUCGGCGAACACACAGACUUCGGCUCCGUCACCAUCCUAUUCAACCGCCUCGGAGGCCUGCAAGUCCGCCUCCCGCCCUCCAUCACACCCACGCCGCCUUCAUCCUCCGAGCCCUGCUCUGCAGUGGAAAAGAACCUCUGCCAGGACGGGUGGACGUAUGUACGCCCCCUACCAGGUCACUGCAUCGUCAAUCUCGGAGAUGCGCUGGUGAAAUUUUCUGGGGGUAGACUGAGGAGUAACAUCCAUCGCGUUGUGCCGCCGCCUGGGGAGCAGGGCAAGUGCGAGAGGUAUAGUCUUGUGUAUUUUUGUAGGCCGGGGGAUGAUGUUGUGUUGAGGGCGUUGGUUGAGGGGAGGGGAAUGGGGAAGAGGGAGGUGUGA